AUGGCCGAAGAAUCCGCCCCUGCCUCCCUAGCAGAUCGUAUUACCAAGCCAACCUCACCAGCUGUUGCAGACGAAACCCCAGCCACGUCGUCAAAAUGGUCAGACGAGGUUGCUUCUCCCACCGCCGAGUCCAAGGAAGGUGAAAGCAGCCUGGCCGCUGCGCAGGCUGAUGGACAAGUCGAGCAUCUUAAUGGUUCUGGUCUCCAAGAUGGACGGUACGAGGUCGAAGUGAAGCUGAGCGACAUCCAAGGUGAUGUUAACUCGCCAUUGUACUCGAUCACUGCAUUCGAGGAGCUGGGAAUCUCGGAGGAGAUAUUGAAGGGACUCUACGGAAUGAACUUUAAGAAGCCAUCAAAAAUUCAGGAAAAGGCCCUCCCCUAUCUCUUGUUGAACCCACCCACGAACAUGAUUGCACAAUCCCAGUCAGGCACUGGAAAGACUGCUGCCUUCGUAAUUACAAUACUAUCUCGCAUCGACUUGUCAAAGCCGACUCAACCUCAGGCGCUUGUACUGGCACCGAGUCGGGAGCUUGCCCGCCAAAUUGAGGGUGUGAUUCGAAGCAUCGGCCAAUUCGUAGAAGGCCUCAAGAUCCAAGCUGCAGUUCCUGGUGCUGUUGAACGGGGUGCUAAAAUCCAAGCAUCCAUCGUUGUUGGAACCCCUGGUACCGUUAUGGAUCUUAUCAAGCGCCGACAAUUCGAUGCGUCGCAAAUGAAGGUCUUGUGCUUAGACGAAGCAGAUAGCAUGUUGGAUCAGCAAGGCCUUGGUGAUCAGUGCUCUCGUGUCAAAGGAAUGCUCCCCGGCGUCCAACAGACCUUGUUAUUCUCUGCUACCUUCCCCGAUGCCGUCAUGCAAUAUGCACAGAUAUUCUCUCCAAACGCCAACACCAUCAAAUUGAGGAGAGAUGAGCUUACGGUCAAAGGUAUCUCCCAGAUGUAUAUGGACUGCUCUGGUGACGAGGGCAAAUACAAUUUCCUCUCGCAAUUGUACGGUGCCAUGACGGUGGGAUCUUCGAUUAUUUUUGUAAAGCGCAGGAAUACUGCAGAUGCCAUCGCAGACCGAUUGACCAAAGAGGGCCAUCAUGUAGUCGCCGUUCAUGGUGCCUUCGAAGGCGCAGAACGUGACCGCAUUCUUGAAGAGUUCCGAACAGGCAAAAUCAAGGUUCUCAUCACGACCAAUGUCCUUGCACGCGGUAUCGAUGUCCAAUCCGUCAACAUGGUGAUUAACUACGAUGUACCAAUGAAGGGCCGAAAUGAUGAUGAGCCUGAUGCCGAGACAUACCUUCACCGUAUCGGUCGUACGGGGAGAUUCGGACGCGUUGGUGUCAGUAUUAGUUUCGUGUUCGACAAGAAGAGCUUCAAUGCAUUGAACAAGAUCGCACUCUACUAUCAAAUCGACUUGAUCCGAUUGCCAACCGAUGACUGGGACGAGACCGAAAAUAUCAUCAAGAAUGUGACCAAGUCAAGUCGUGCGGGUACGAAUUUACAGGCCUGA